AUGGCCUCAUUCAAUACCGGCAAGGCUGGAGUUAUUAAAGCUCCAGAAGGUGCCGGGAGGAUGGACCAGCUUGCGCAUGCUGUUCUUGAUGAUCUACUCUACAACAUUGUGCACGAUUUAUUAAUGCAGACGCAUCGAGAGGAAAAGAUCGCUCGCGCCUCAACCGCUGCCAUUCGCGUCGAGAAGCUAGCCGCCGAUACCUCAGAUUCCUCCGCCCCCGACGCUCGGCCAGAUGUCAAGGUCGAAACAGACGCGGCUGUUUACGACGAAGGGAAGGUAUUAUUGAAGGGAAACCCGCUUGCUACCACCAAGGACAUUGUAUGCCCAAGAUGUCACCUCCCUAGAUUAUUAUAUCCUACAGACGGCAAAGGAGCGAGGAAACCCGACCCGAGCAUAAUCUACUGCAAGAAGCACCCGUACAUCGACAAGCCUGGCUACGACAUCUACGGUCAAACAUGGGUUGCACAAGGCCCUGGGAGGGGGAAGAAAAAGAAGGACAUGGAGAAGAAGCUAGAGCAAAACUCGGAUUCUCAGACGCCAGUUCCAGAAGGAGGAACAGGUGGAGGUGCUGCCUCACGGCCCCCAAACAUGCUCUCAUUCCCGUCGGCAACCUGCAGCAAGUGCAAGCGCUGUAUCCUGGUCACCCGAUUAAAUAAUCAUAUGGGUUCAUGUAUUGGGAACAGCGGGCGUAAUGCAAGCCGUGCGGCCGCGCAGAAGAUCAGCAAUGGUAGCAACACGAACGGAAAUGCCGACGGCACCCCUCCAUCUAGUCAAAAGGGCACUCCUCACCCAAGCUCUAGGGCCGGUAGUCCCCAUAAGAAGAGAGACAGUGACGAGAUAGAUGAUGAUGACGACUCAGACAAUGACUCGCACAAGAAGAAGAAAUUGAAGCCCACGCCCGCGAAUGCGGCCAACAAGAAACUAAUUCUUAAGCAGAAGAACGCUUCUAGCAACAAGAAAGAAAAAGUUAAGACGAGCUCCUCACUGAGUGUAGAACAGAAGGUAGACGACGACGAUGCGGAAGGGUCUACUGUAGAGGUUGCCCCUAAAAAAAAGAUAACGAAGGUGCCUAGUCCGGCUAAGAAGCUGAAAUUAGGAGCGUCAAAACCACUAAUAUCAUCACCUAUGUCAAAGAGCAAUGGUAAGACUUCGGCUCCCAACGGUGGAGGAGAUGAUGACCGCGAGUCUGAAAGCUCAGGGACAUUAUCAUCCCCACCGGUUGUAUAG